AUCUGUUUAAUCGUUCCGCAUCGUCCUCGGAUCGACAACCCUGUCUACGUCCCUCUCGACACAGCUAGCCUCCUAAUCUUCAGCCCAGCGACGUCUACCGAAUUACAGCGCGCUUGAAUAUCACCCUCACCUCGACAUAAUCUUUCGAAACUUGUCUCCAUGCCUGUUGUUAUUCUUCAAGCUAUAUCUGUUGACUAAUCGCCCUCAGCACUGUACUGCUCGCUCUUUGACAGACCGACACUCACUAGAAGAGCAUUGGCUGCUCGCUUGUAUCGAACUUUCAACGUUCGCUGGACAUUGCCUUGUUGCUAUUUUAUUUUCUAUACCACAUACGCAGGGUACUUGCACGCGUUAGCAGGCCGACGCACGGAUACUUGCCUGUGUGUUGUCCUCCUUUGGGUAGUGUGAAUCUUUCAAACUCGCCCAGCAUGUCUUCUCUCGCAUCUCUUCCCUCUUUCCGCCCCCAAGAAUCCGCCCCCGAGUCCCUUCCGCCCGCCGCAUCCUCCUGCCGCAUCUCUCGUCUUCCCUCCCUUCCCUCCAUCCCCCACGCCGGACCAUCCCGAUCAGCACAGCGUUACCUGUACUUUGGAGUCCGACAGGGUUUUUUGUCCGGGGUUUAUACCGACUGGCAAGAGGCCGAAAAGCAAAUUGCCAACCAUCCAGAACCUGCGCUAAAGACAUUUUCAACCAGACUCGCUGCAGAGGCCUACGUCUCUGGCUGGAACGGGGCAGGCAGACAUUCGUUACCUCCUUCGACCCCUCGACCUUUGCGUGAACAUCUCGCUAUGAGUUUUCCAGGUUCGGUCAACGUACAGGCCCCGGCUUCACAGAGACGACAAUCAUACCACGCCAGGCUCCUGGCUUCUUCACCGACUGAGUUCGGAUCGCUUGCUCCUGAUACUUCACUAUCAACUCUACGCCCAGGCGCGAUCUCUAGAUCAUCUUAUCGCAGUAGUGUCGUUCAUAUCUCCAGCCCUCUGAGGCAACAGGUCGACGACGAUUCGGAUGAUACUAGUGGAGAGGAACCAGAGGCUAAACUUCGAUCUCUGCGGAAAGCAGCCAGCUAUAUGGGCGCUGGUGGACUUUUAAGUCCUCCUCAAUCACCAGAAAAGAAAACAAAGAGGCUGGGUGAUUCUGUGAUCGAGAGAGAGCGACCAGUACAACGCCGAGCCUUGACUGAUUCUAGAACUUGGUCGUCAAAGAUUCACGGCGAAUCUCCUGCCCAGUCUGGAAAUCGUCCUCUCUCUCCUCCGACUUCUCCUACAGGUCCGGCUCAUACAAGAAGGCCGAGUGAUUACAGUAAAUCUCGCCUUUGGGCAGACUCUGUGCCACAGGUCGAAGCGGCCAAGCCUGAGUCUCCUUCUCAGCCCGAUUUUGCUGAUCCUACCAUACCGAAAUUCUCUCGGUCAGGACUUCGGAAGUCUGGGGUCGUCAUGCCAGUUGCUGCCAAACGCUCCUCUUCUUCCCUUUCCCUCAAACCACGUGGGACCCUUUUCUCAUCCUCCAACGAUUCAUCCUCCUCCAUCACUUCCUCAUCUUCCAAUGGCUCUGACCAGACCAAGCGCCGUCUCUCUCACUCACGCCAGCCCUCCUCCUGUCGCCUUUCGAAAUCCCAGUUCUCUUCCCAGGACCGUCUAGCAACUCUCGCAGAAACAUCCAAGCAAGAGCUCCAGCUGAACGAUGAAGAUCACAAUGCGAUCCCGCCAUUGUCCCCCCCUCGUCCAGCAUUCAUGCGACGGGUUAGUUCGGCCUCGUCAAUAGGCUCAAAUGACUCUUUUUCCUCCAUGGGUAGCAUGACUAGCGGUUCAUCAGCUCACACAUCCUCACUCGAAUCUUGCGAGCCCAUCACUGAGGAAGCCGAGCUAGAUGUACGUAUCCAGGAGUCCAAAGACAACGAGAGCAUCCCCGAGCAUGCCUUAAUCAUCAGUGGGACCUGCACAAAGUCGGAUGGGGAUGCGAGCGUGGAUAGCGGGUCCAUGAAACACAUCAAGACUAGGAAGAAUAAGAAUGGCGGAGUGUUAAAAAGACUGGCGAAAGUGCUAGGAUUGGAAAAGAAGAGCGUGGAGGCAGGGAGGAGAGGGAGUAUGUAAGGCAUCGAGGACAUUUAUUUCAUCUCCGGGCAUUCUUCAUCCAACCUCCGAUUGUUUUUUAGAGCAAGGUGUGCUUCUUCUGGACAAUUAGAGUCGUACGCCCGUUCCUUGUUUAUCUCUUUAUAGAAUUGGCCGUACCAUGUUUGGCUCAGAAAGUCUUCUUUUCUUAUCUGGACCGUAUCCUAUAUAAUAGAUACAUAUAUAUAUAUACUCUUUGAAAACUGUGACCUUGUAUUGUGUGUAGCUAUAACGUUUCAUAUGUA